UUCCUCUUCCUGGUUUGACCAGAGCGUCAUCAUCUCAUUUCCCCGCGUUUGUUGAACAGCCCACUUUGUUUGGCGGGAUUGAAUUCAGCAGCACACUUUCUCCUCGUCUCAUUGGGAUCAUGCAGUUUUCAGGCAGAAGAAGGAGGGUCGCUUCUAAAGCUCAGACCGAGCUCUAUGGGCUGCCUCUGCAGUUCUACGGGCAGCCUCCUCUCGAAAACAUCACUCUGACUGAAUUUGAGACAUUUGCUGUGGAGAGGCUGAAAUUGCUGAAGACCAUCGAGAAUUUGGGAGUGAGCCACGUGAAAUUGUCAGAGCCGUAUAAACUUAAAUUGUACAAUGAGUUUAGAGCCCUGAACUUUCCGUACAGAUCAGAGACUGAUGACCGAAAAGUUCAGAGCGGACCCAGUGAAAAUGAGAAACGAAGAAAGGACCACAUCUCCCACUUCAUUCUCAGACUCGCCUACUGCCAAACGGAAGACCUGAGGCGCUGGUUCAUUCAACAGGAAGUGGAUCUUUUCCGCUACCGCUUCUGUGAGCUGGAUUCAGAACAAAAGCGUGAUUUUCUUCACAAGAACAAUCUGCAGUAUAACACAAUUAGCGUCGAGGAGAAGAAGGCCAUGGGCGAAAAACUUAUCAACUCCAGUUACGGCGUCAGUGGAAUCACUGUGGAGGGUCAGGACUUCUACAAAGUUCCGUUUCAAGAUGCUCUGGACUUGGUGCGAACCAGGAAGGUGUACCUCAAGGCAGGCUACGUGUACAUCCCUCACCAGGACAUCGUCACCAUUGUUCUCAAUGAUUUUCGCACAAGACUCUCCAAAGCUCUUGCACUGACCGCCCGCUCGCUACCAGCGGUGCAUUCUGAUGAACGGCUACAGCCGCUCCUGAACCACCUCAGCCAUGCAUACGUGGGACAGGACUACAGCAUGCAGAAGAACGUUGGGAAAAUCUCCUUGGAACAAAUUGAUUCACUUGCAGGAAAGUCGUUCCCUCUGUGCAUGAGGCAGCUCCACCAGGCCCUGAGAGAGAACCACCACCUCCGCCACGGCGGCCGGAUGCAGUACGGCCUCUUCCUCAAAGGUAUCGGCCUCUCUCUGGAGCAGGCCCUGCAGUUCUGGAGGAUGGAGUUCAUAAGAGGCAAAGUGGACGCAGACAAGUUUGACAAAGCCUAUGCCUACGGCAUCCGCCACAUGUUUGGCAAGGAAGGCAAGCGGGCGGACUACACCCCCUACAGUUGCAUGAAGGUGAUUUUAUCAAACCCGCCCAGCCAAGGCGACCAUCACGGGUGUCCAUUCCGUCACAGUGACCCCGAGCUGCUGAAGCAGAAGCUGCAGGUCUACAAGGUGUCUCCCAGUGGAAUCAGUCAGAUCCUGGAGCUGGUUAAAGGAAUGCACUACCAGCUGGCAUGCCAAAAAUACUUUGAGCUGACACACAAUAUUGAGGAAGGCUCCUUCUCGCUCAGUCACCCCAACCAGUACUUCGUAGAGAGCCAGAAAGUUUUGGGCGGGGGCGUAAAGGACACAAAGCGAGAGGCGGACGCGCCGCAGAGGUCGACGGAAACCCCCGCCGCCAAAGGACCCGCUGCCACUCGAGACGCGACGGCAAACGACUCCCAGCAUUUGGCGGAGAUGACGGAAAAUCUGGAAUCUUUCUUCCAGGAUGCUUAACCUCCAUUUUUAACACGUGUAGAAAUAAAUGUAACUGUAUCUGACUUGUAAAGUAUUAAAGCUGCAUAUCGGUAGACUUUCAGUAAUUUCAUCAGAGGGGGGGCUCGGAGUUAAACUUUUCAAACCUCGACGUCACGCCAAAGUUUUUUACCUUGCGACAUUCUCUAUUACUGUGAGUUCAAAGAAGUCUCUUGUUUUCUUUCUUUGUUUCCACUCCGGUCUGAACUCGGGUGGCUUAUGCACAGUCUCGGUGCACAGUGUUUUGGCAGGGAUGUGGUUUUGGGGGGUGAUGACUAGAACAUUUCCCAGCUGUCUCAGAAACAAUGUCAUUGUAUUUGCUGGCAGUGCAGUAGAUGAAUGGUGGCAGGAGGAUGGAUGAAAAUAAACAAUUUCCACAGUUGUAUUA